UUGUGACCUGUUGCCUGGUAACCGUACCUAAGACCUCUAAGCUUCUGUCUGUGAGCUGUCAGGUUCCGAAGCUGGGUCAGCCCAGUCAAUGGCGUCCUGCUGCGGGAAGGAAAUGGUGCUUCACUACGCCCAGGACUUGAAAAGCUGAAAGUCACAGCAGCCCACCCAUAGCCAUGUCCCACUUCUUCUACUUGGCUCCAGAAAUUCUGCUUCCCUUUAGCCCUCUCACUUCUAAAGAGUUCGAACUGAUCAGACGCAAGGCCAGGGAACUGUGGCAGGAUGAGACGCAGUGGUCCGCUUCUUCGGUGACAACCUACGCUGGCAGCUACCGCGGAAAGCAACUGGAUGAAGCCGCUUGCCGCCGACUGGUCCGAAGAGGAGGCCAGCCGCAGUUUCAAUGCAAACCGACACCAUUGCCUAGCUGCUCUGCCUACGGUGCUCUACCUGGCCAGGCUGGUUCCCAAGAGGCUGCAGAUGGCAAAGGAGGACACCCUGGUGUACCAAGACUCUCUCAGAACUCCAUGCCCCACGUCAAGCACAAAGUGGCACACCAGAUUUGGGGUUCUGAAGCUCCUUGCCCAACUCCUCUAGAUUACAGAACUUUAUGUGUGAAGCCACCAAAGCCAGGCUUUGAGCUCCUCAUGAAUUACAGGACUAGAGGGCAAAACCUCCUGAAACAACUUCGGCAGCAACAAUGGGAUUACGAAAGCAAGUUUGGCUCCUCGGAGGACUCAGAGAUGGAUCGAUAUUCCUCCGAUUACAGUGGAGGUUCACGGCUGGUACUCAACUGACUUGACGAACGAAGCCACAGACCCGGGGCCCUAGUUUCUGCCUUAACCAUUUAAGACAGGAGGUCCGAGGAGGUCUUGGUUUGGUUGGGUGUGCACCUAGGGCAGACCUUCUAGAAACGUCCCUGGGUUUCAUCCCUCGUUCUUGUGUGUGUGUGUGUGUGUGUGUGUGCGUGUGUGUGUGCGUGUGUGUGUGUGUG